AUGGACGACGGCCCCACGCAGGUUCUGCCACCUACGAGCCCCCCUCCGGCAUCGGAAGGAGCAGAAUCUCCUCCGCCCACCACCACAGAGGGGGGCGACCAUGGUCUUGUGGCGCCGCCCACGGGGGGUCUCGUAGUGGUGCCGGACUUCCUCUCCACGUCGGGCUUGCUGGACACCCGGACCUCCUCCGAGGAGGAGGAGGGAAGAGAGGACGGUGGCCAUGAGGGCUUCCGGGUGGUGUACCUCGCCCAGGGCUGGCUCGACGCCAAGAACGUCCACUACGCCCUCAUCUCAGAUCGUUCCGAGCUGUAUACCUGGGGCAGUGGCGCAUUUGGGCGGCUGGGCCACGGAGACACAAACGACGAGGCGCGCCCGCGAGCGGUGGAGGUCCUGGCCAAGCAGCGCAUCCGGUGGGUGGCCUGCGGCUGGGACACCACCGCUGCAGUCACCGAGCGCGGCGAGCUGUACCUGUGGGGCAGCGGAGAGCCCAUUCCCCGCAUCGUGUCGUUCCCCGGAGAGGGUACUCUGCGGGUGGCCAAGGUGUGCCUGGGCGAAGCCCACGCCGCCGUCCUCUCAGAGCGCGGUGAUGUGUACACGUUCGGAGCGUUCGCCCACGGGCGGAAGACCAAGCGGGUGGCGCAGCGGAGGCAGCGCGGGCAAAAGGGCUGGGCGCGGGACCCCCAGCCGCGCAUCGUGUACAACCUGCCCACCGGCCAGACCAGGAACAUCGCCUGCGGGUCGCACCACAUCCUCGCCCUCACGGCCGAUGGCAAGGUCUACUCGUGGGGCGACGGCUCCUGGGGCAAGCUCGGCCACGCCUCCGAGACCGAGGAGUGGCUGCCCCGGCCCAUCGAAGCCCUCGCCGUCCUGGUCUGCUCUCACAAGCGUUCGUUCAUCAGAGGCCAGACGAUCGUGCAGAUCGACGCGGGCGAUGACCACUCGAUAUUUCUGUCCACCGACGGUACGGAGCACCAGGAGGAGUUCGGGGCGGCCAAGAGGGACGAUGCCGCCAUCCUGGUGCCCUCGGCCGUGGGCGGCCCGCUCUCCUCUCGCCAGGUGGUGUCCAUCUGCGCGGGAGCUGCCUUCACCCUCUGCCGCACCCUCGCCAAGGAGGUCUUCUACUUUGGCAAGCCCGACUUCGACGAAACGCUUGACGUGGCUCGCUCGCCCUCGCUCCUGGCCAUCGAGUCGUACCCCCUCUCGGCGAUGGCCAGCCGCGCCUACCGCAGCAUGACCAUCAUACUGCCCGAAGGCGUCGAGGGGUCCGAUGGCAAGGAGGAGAAGAAGAAGAUGGAAUUCACCCGCAUCGUCGUGAACGACGACAAGAAGGCCGCGUCCUUCAUCCAGAAGCAGAAGGAGUCCCCGCAGGUGCGGCACCUCCGCUCGACGCCGCGUCGAGGGUCGUUCCCGGAGAUCGGGCAGAUCGCGAAGGUGAAGGGCAUCUGGGACAAGCGUGGCAAGACGCUGGGCGAGCACGACGUCGAGGCCCUGCGCCAGGCCGUGGCCCACAACCGCAAGAAGCCCGGCGCCGGGCCUCGCAACAAGUCGCACAUCGUACGUUGCAUCAGCGACACCCAGCUGGGCGACGAGGAGAUGGUGGGCCACAACAGCCCGUCCGACCAGGACACCUCUCCCGUUGCCCGUGCCGACGCGUCGCCCCGCAAGCCCGAACCGACGCUUUCUCUUCGGCCAGAAGGGUCCGUGACCACCGACACCGAAUCCGGUAUCCAGCCGCUCGCCGCUCCCGAAGAAGGCGCUGUCAGUCCCGCAGAGGACAAGACUACCGGCAGCACCGCGCUGCCCCCGAGCGAAGAGGCCAGCGGGGGAGCCUACGAGGCGAAGGCCGCUCGUGCCGAAGAGGCCGAGAGCGAAGCCGAUCAUAAAGGCGACCCUGCUCUGGGGGAUUCUUUGGGCGGCAAGGACCACACGGCGACCGUGCUCCCGGCGGGGGAGGAGGUGGAGGCGGUCAAGCCGCUCGAAGACCUGCGGCCCGCCACGCACGAGGAGGCCGAACCGACCGAGACUGGGCUGGCGGUGGAGCCCGAGGCCGACCAGGAGCACAGCGACGGGGACGAGGAGGACAUUCGAGGGGAGACCCCGCGCCAGCGACCACCGGACGCCACCACCCACGCAGAGCCCCCGGAGAAGGGAAGCCAGGGGGAGGAGGACACGAGCGAGGAAGGGGAGGACAGCGCGACCGAGGGGGAGGACGAGGAGGACAUCCGCCUGGAGAGCCCCCGGGUCGCCGUUCAGCUGCAGGCCAGCACGAAGCGCGACGCGGAGGCGGAGGAGGAGCACGCCCUGACCGAGGGCGAGGACGAGGAGGACAUCCGCGGGGAGGAGCUCACACCGAGAGGCGGCCUCGAGGUGGACCGCAAGCUGCGGCUCGAGGCGCCGGUGGUCUCCAAGGGGGAGAACAGCGACGACGACGAGCCGACGGAUGGCGAGGACGAGGAGGACAUUCGAGGCGAGACGCCGCGAGGGAAGGAGAAUGCCGGCGAUCAGCUGGCCAAGGUGAGCGCCCUCAGCAGCAGCUCGCUCAGCCGGCUGAGCUACGACGAUGACGAGGAGGACACGCUCACCGAGGGCGACGACGAGCAGGACAUCCGCGGGGAGGACGACGAGCCCCUCUGGGUGGACGUGCACCUGGCCGCCGUCGCGCAGAUGGAGAAGAGCACCAACCCCCACCACCACCACCACCACAAGGACGAGGACGAGGAGGAAGAGAGGAAGACCAGGAAGCAGCAGAAAAAGCAGCAGCAGAAGAAGGAGAAGAGGGCGCAGAAGCAGCAGCAGCAGCAGCAGAAGCAGGAGGAGAAGAGGGAGCCGAAGAGGGAGGAGGGCAACAGCGCGCGGCGGAUCGUGCGCAACAUCUCGCUCAAGCUCAUCGGCAAGAGCGCCACCAUCGAGCGCGACGCGUCUCCCAACAGGAAGACCACCGCCAAGGCGCCCAGCAAGAAGUCGCACACCCUCACCGCCUCGUCCCCGCCGCGCGUCAGCCGCGAGCGGCUGGGCGACGCCAACGAGCAACGAGCAGCCGCCAAGACCAGCUCGGGCGGCAGCAGCGUGUCAUGCGACCCGGCCGCCUCGACCGAGGGCGACGAGCCGGGCCAGUGGAUGGCCGCCACCGCAAGCCCAGUUCGUCGACGGAGCCGCGGCUUCCUCAUGUGCAGCGGGCGCACCGUGGAGGCCGACGGCGACUGCGAUGCCGACGAUGGCGGUAAUGCGGCCGCCCCUGCCAGCAGCGGCAGCAGCAACAAGAAGGAGCUGCGGAAGAGCCGGGAGAAGCUGGCCAUCCGGCGGAGCGCGAGCUGCGAUCCUCCGCAGGUGGGCGACGAGACGGGUCCGGGAGGACUCAAGGUGGUGCAGAUCCAGCACUGUCAUCAGGAGGUCGAGGCCCGGCGGAAGAGUCGCGAGGUGGCGGCGCAGGACGGGAAGCGGGCCAGCCGGGAGGUGGACAGCAGCGGGUUGGCGGGGGCGCCCAGGGAACGGCGCGCCAGCAACGGGUUCGCGGAGAAGGCCAUCGAACGCCGGAGCAAGGAGCUGCACAUGGACGAGCUCGAGAAGGCCGCCGCGGCCGACGAAGCAGGCCUCGAUGACCCCGCGGAAUCAACCGACAACCAGGCCUCCUCCUCGUCGUCGUCGCCCUUCAAGAAGUUCCACACCAUCGGCCGAGCCCACCGCCGGCGCAACAAGACCCUCAAUUCCGGUGCGGUCAGUGACUCGAUGGAUGCGGUGCCGACCAAGCAGAAGCGGUUCUCUAUCAGCACCCCCUUCCUCAACUUCUCGUCGUCGGCCAAUCGCGCUCGCACCAACUUCACCAAGGAGGCGGCGCAGUUGGCGGAGUUCGAGAAGCGACUGAAGAACAUCAAGCCGGGGGCGACGGAGGAGCGCGCAGCGGUGCUGAAGGAGUGGGCCGACUUCCUCCUGGCCCAGCACGCCAGCAAGCAGCAGCAGUCCGACAAAGCAGGCGCCAAGGACAGCCCCGCCGCUUCGCCCUCCCCCUCCCCCAAGAAGAGCCGGUUUGGCACCUUGCGGCGGCGGAAGAAGGACGAAGACAAGGAGGCCGAGAAGACGCCGGGAUCACCGGAGGAAUCCGGGGACGAGGACAUCGCCGGCACCAUCAUCGGGAAUGAAGAGAUCGUCCUCAGGCUUCAGUCGGGAGAGAUGAUCAGGCUGGCGUACAGGGAGACGAAGAGGGGCUGGGUGGAGGACCGGAGCUCGGCCUCGCCUCCGGAGGUGGCCGUCUCCCCGCCGCCCUCGCCCUCGCCUCCCGCCUCGCCCUCGGGUUCGCCUCGAACGCCGGGGCGCUCGCGACUGCCUCGCGUUCCGCUCUUCCGCACCCACUCGCUCUCCCUCAACUUCCUGCGAGGAGGAAGCGGCAGCGAGAAGAAGAGCGACCGGAUCGAACGCGCGAACGGUGGAGAUGCGGCGGAGACCGGCGGCGGCGGGAAGGGCAGUCUGUCGCGACAGAAGAGCGAUGCGCGGAUCGGAGCGAGCGCGGUGGACCGGCUCACGCGGGUCGAGGAGGAGGCCUUCUCGGAGGUGUGGCGGCGCGAGAAGGAGCGCCACUUGGCUGAGGCCGAGGCCGAGGAGCAGAGGAAGCGAAAGGCCGAGCGCAAGCAACGCAAGAAGCAGAAGGAAAAGGAGUGGGCGCUCAAGGGCGAGGCCGAGGAGAGCAAGCGAUCCUCGGAGCGACAGAGCGUGCACUCGGAGGACGAUCAGCACUCCAGACAUUCUGAGUCAGACUACUCCUCUUCCGACCUCAAGCUCGAGCCUGCCCCUGCGUCCACCACGCACCACUCCGCCGAACCCUGCGAGCAGGAAGUGUAA